AUGAGUGCGUGCAAAAGUUUUAAGUCCACUGCGUUAAUUAUAUUAAUAAUAAUUAAUUAUGUACAAUUAAAUAGUGAUUUUGAUCCUGUUGCAUUUCUUGUUGAUGACAACGAUUUUGACGCAACACCUAAUUUUGAGACUACAGACGAGCCCGUUUUUUCCGAUGGCUUAUGGAUGUGUGGGGAUUGUUUAGGGAUACAAGAAUCUAAUAUAAAAUAUAGUGAAUCGUUUGACGUCGAUACUAAUGAACAAAAUGAAGAAAAUAUUGAAGUACAGUUUGCCGUUUCCCUAUCGGAUAUGCGAUGUAUAACAGUGAGCACAGAUAACAUAAGUAACGUGGCCCUGGUGUCAGGCUCCUGCAUUGGAGACACGGUUACUCUUAGCGUAUCUGGUACUCCACACUAUGACGUCACAGUGUAUUAG